UGCAGCGUCUCCGGGUCGCUGCCGGAUGUGUUCCUGCGGGUCAGCCCGAUCAGGUCGAUCGAUCCUCCGGUGAACCGACUCGUCGGCCGCCCGUCCGGGACCGCUCGCCCUUCACGCUUCAUGCCCGCCUCCUCCCUCCAGUAGCCGGAUCUCGCUCACGGUGCCCCCGCCUCCCGUCCUCGCCCCGACCCCGCGAUGGCCUCCAGACGGCCGGACAGCUUCGACGGGCUCGGAUACCGGGGCCGCGACGACCCGCUGUACGGAGCCGGAUACCCGGUCCGGAGCGCCGGAGCGCCCGCCGAGCUGCAGCACCACCACUGGGUCACCACGCCGCCGGACAUCCCCGGCAGCCGCAACCUGCACCCCGGGGAGCGGACGCCGCUGUACGACGACCCGCAGGGGGAGCCCGGAGCCCCGGGAGCCGCGGCCGGCUGGGGCGCCCCGCAGCCCGGCGUGCCGCCCGCCGAGCAGCUGAACCGCUUCGCCGGGUUCGGAAUCGGACUCGUCAGUCUGUUCACAGAAAACGUCCUGGCUCACCCCUGCAUCGUCUUCCGUCGACAGUGUCAGGUUAACUACCACGCCCGCUCCUACCACCUGACUCCCUUCAGCGCCGUCGCUGUGAUGUACUCCAUCACUAAGGCUCAGGGCGUGCGGUCCCUCUGGAAGGGGAUGGGCAGCACCUUCAUCGUUCACGGCAUCACUCUGGGAGCCGAGGGCGUCAUCAGCGAGUUCACACCGUUACCACGGGAGCUUCCUCACAGGUGGAGCUGGAAGCAGCUGGCGGGACAUUUACUGCUCAAAGGGUUAACAGCUGUGGUGGCUCUGCCCUUUUACUGUGCCAGUCUCAUCGAGACCGUCCAGAGUGACAUCGUGCGGGACGAGGCGUCCUCUGGGCUGCUGGACUGCGUCCGGGAGGGCGUGGCCCGCCUGCUGGGCGUCGGCGCCCCCCACAGCCGCCGCCUGCUGCCGCUGGGCCGCCUGCUGCUGCCCGCCGCGCUGCACACCGUGCUGCGCUACGCCGUGGCGGCCGGCGUCCAGCGUGCGGCGCUGUGGCUGCACCGGCGCGGCCGGGAGCGGCGCGCCGAGCCGUCCGACCCGCUGGACGCCUACUUCCCCGAGCUGGCGGCGGCGUGGGCGGGGUCUCUGGCGGCCGACGUGCUGCUGUUCCCGCUGGAGACGGCGCUGCACCGCCUGGCGCUGCAGGGCACGCGCACCAUCAUCGACGCCACCGACGGCGCCGUGGCGGCGGGCAACGGCGGCAGCCCGCUGGUCCUGCCCGUCAACACGCAGUACGACGGCGUCCACGACUGCCUGCACGCCAUUCGCCGCAAGGAGGGCGGCGCCGGCUUCUACCGCGGCUUCGGCGCCCUGCUGGCGCAGUACGCGCUGCACGGCGCGCUGCUCGCCGCCGCCCGGACGCUGCUGCGCCUGCUGCUGCUGGACGCCAAGACCGGCUAGAGCGCCGCCGCGGAGACGGACACUGACCAACAGGAACACUCCCGCCGCCGCCGUCAGCCAAUCACAAGCACCCAUCAGCCUAGCUUAGCUUCACAUCACUUCCUGUAGCAGCAUGAACUUCCUGUUUGUAAAUACUGACAGAUGAUUGGUCCUGUGGAAACGUGUCAACAACCCGCUGCUUCCGUUUCGGUUGUUUUUGUAAAAAGUUGUAAAAAAUAAAGUUCUAUGUGUUGCAAAAAGUUUAAGAAUAAAUUAUUUGAUCAUUAAAUCUUAAGCUGUUUUUCAAAAUAAAUGUCUGGAUAAAAUAAAAAAUAAAA